GAUGGCGAUGUCCCCUGCGGAGCGGCUGCUGGUGCUGGCGGCGGUUUGGGUGGCGCUAGCGGCGCGUGCGGCGUGGGCGGUGCCGCGCCCCGGGGGCGACGACGCCUCCGCCUCCGACCCGGCGCCGGGCGUCGUGGGCGCCAAGAAGUUCGCGACGGCCGUCGACUGCAACGGGGCCGUCGCCUUCUCCAGCAAGGGCGCGGCCCGGGCGGCUGGCGCCGGCGCCGCCGGCCAGCUGCACUUCGCCGCCGACCUCACCGACAAGAGCGUGGGCUGGAGCCGCGACGCCGGCGAGUUCACCACGUUCUGCCCCGGGCUGUACCAGUUUGCCUUUUCCAGCGGCGGCGCCGCCAACGCGAGGCUGGCGCUGAAGAAGAAGGCUUCGGGCGGCGCGGCGUGGGAGGCCGUGGUGUCAACGGGCGCCGGCGGGGCCAACGUGGUGCUCCUCAACAUGGACGUCGGGGACUCAACCGCCGUCUUCUUGGAGGACGGCACCCUGGACGACGCCGCCGCCACGUCUGCCACUUUUAGCGGCUUCCGCGUCGCCAAGAAGACGCCGUAGUCUUCCUCGCCGCCCCCCCCCCUUCACGCCAGCCUGCGCCGCCCCGCCCCGCCUCCGGGCGCCGAUUCUUUCCCCAACCCUUUCGUCUCGAACUCCACCGCGUCUCCCCACUAUGUGCUAUUCUUUUACUACCGUUUAUUAAAUUUUUUACAUUUUCUAUCACUCGAUUAUGCCAUAUUAGUACAUAUAUUUUCAAUAAAAAAAAUUAAAGAAAUAUUUUACUACAAAGCACCUAUUGUCUUACAUACCACUAUUUGAGUAUCACACGCGGUCCGCGUUUCGUCGAAUUUAACUGUGAUAAUAAUCUUGAUGUUUACCUUCCUUUUACUAUCGACGUUUCUUGCCAAAAUUGCGUGGACUCCCAUUGCUUCUAGUCGGGCAGUGUAGGCGACGGUCGCCCCUCAGCCAUCUGGCGAGCGAAGUAACCCAGCGAGCAUGCGUUCCCGCUUGACGUGUCUGGAAUGCCAGCGACGGUAUCUUCACCAACGAUAUUCUUUGAAGUUUCUAAUGCGUAACCAAUCAAGUUCAAAAUAUAAUCAGAUUAUUGGCUAUGGAGCCCCAACAAUUAUAUUACUGCACACGAGUCCUCUCUUGAGAUUUGCCACUAAUGAAUGAUAAAAGCAACAAAUCAAUGUAUUCUUACCAACGUAUUGGAUGACAUUGUUCUUCCGAAGUUCAAAGCAUUUCGUGUAUAUAGUUGGCGUAUAAACUUCUCGAGAAAUACAGUUAGUAGCUCACUUGCCGCCAUUGGCCUCAAGUGCGCCUAAGCGCAGAGCACACUCCUCGCCUCGGCCGCUGACAUUCCAAACGCGUCGCCCUCCAGCCACCCGCUUCAAGGUUCUUAGGCCUCUCUUGAUGUUCUUCAACUUCCGAAUGCUAUCGACUUCUCCUAAGCCUGUUGUGAUGUCUACACGUGACACCUGGAGAAUGUGUGUGCGCUGUGGUGACUUUGAUGUACUAUAUCGAGAAGAUAUGGUUUUUUUACGAUCUGGAAAAGACCUAUGUAAAUGUACUCGUAGUUCUCUCAUUUAGAUAUUUCUAUUCUUUUAAACUUGAUCCUUCUGUGUUUACUAUUUUCUUUGAAAGUACAAAAGAUUCUUUUGACUUGAAAAGUAAUUGUAUAUUAUGAAUUUCUAAUAGUUUUGAAACUCUUGAAAUUGCUAUAAUAAAGUUAUCUGAAUGACUUCUAGAAACAAACUAACAGAGCUUUUCUCGUAGUUUUGUUGGCCUUCCCCU